GUGUCAAAUAUCAGCGCAGAGUGUCAGUGAACUUUAUUCGGUGGCUCAGUCUGUCUGUUCCGCAGACGCUUUAUUUCUGUGCUUCUCCGACGUCAAACGCCGCCGGACCGAUGGAGGACGAAAGUUUUUUGUGCGGCCGCUGCGACUGGAACCAAAGGUGAAUAGCUGCCAUGUAUCUCUUUCUGGGUUCACAUGCUGCAAAUUAACGAUGUGACACUGACAACCGGACUGGAACGUUCUCUCUGCUCUGGAAACAAUAUUGGCUGUCUCACGUUUGUCUGGCUUUCUGCAGAACAUCAUCUACCACUGGUCAUGUGAUCCAUCCCAGUACGGCCAUUUCACAUUGAUGCACGUUUGAUCAGACACCUUGAUGUGUCUGAUCAUGUACGCUGUGGGCAAAAGUAACAUUAACUCACUCUGACUCACGCAGCCUGGUAAUAAAAUCCACAAGUGUGGACUUGAAUCUGCUCUUCUUCAUCCAUCCAUGUCAGAUUUUUUCCACGUAAGAUCCUCACAGAUAAUGGCAUUACCAUAGUCCGACUGACAGCAGGGAAUAAUGUGACUUGGAGCCAGACUUCCGUGUUCCUGGCUAACCAUGUCGUAAAUCAGCCGCUUUGGAGAGCAUUUGUAGUUGCGAUGGCCACCUCCUCUCCAGAGAAGGAUCAGCCCCUCCUACAGCUUCAAGAAGUGGAUUCUAGUCGAGUUGGCAGUUGCGUUCUGUCCCCCAUCCUGUCGUCUUCACCUGUGCUGUCGGUUGAAGCCAGCCAGCCCAUCUGCAUCCCUUCCCCGUACACAGACCUCGGCCAUGACUUCGCCUCGAUACCUUUCUACAGCCCCGCUAUUUUCAGCUACGCCGGUCCAGCCAUUUCUGAAUGCUCCCCUGUCCAUCAGUCGCUAAGCCCUUCUUUAUUUUGGCCCAGUCCCAGCCACAUGGGGGCGCCUAUACCCCUGCAUCGCUCCCAGACCCGCUCCCACCAUCCGCAGCCAAUCCAGAGUCAGUGGAUGGAGCUGCCACAGCGGGAGACAGUCUUGACAGCCAGCAAGAGUGUGAGGAGGCGGUCUCAGGAGAGCGAGGAGGCGCUGGUGUCGUUGGGUGCAAAGUCAGACCUCCACUACUGCGCUGUGUGCCAUGACUACGCCUCAGGCUACCACUACGGGGUCUGGUCCUGCGAAGGAUGCAAGGCCUUCUUCAAGAGGAGCAUCCAAGGGCACAACAACUACUUUUGCCCAGCAACUAAUCAGUGCACCAUCGACAAGAACCGGCGUAAGAGCUGCCAGGCCUGCCGCCUUCGCAGAUGCUACGAAGUCGGAAUGUCCAAGUGUGGUGUGCGAAAAGAGCGUGGAACCUUCAGGAGUUCUCAGACGAGGCGACUGACCCGUUUGUCCUCACAGGGCAGAACCAGCGGGCCGGUGGCGUUAACCGGGCCGUCGGUCGGCUUGGUUAACGAGCCCCGCCCUCCCUUGCUGUCAUCAGAGGAACUGAUCAAGCGAAUAAUGGACGCGGAGCCGCCGGAGAUCUACCUGAUGAAGGACAUGAGGAGGCCGCUGACUGAAGCAAACGUCAUGAUGUCCCUCACCAGCCUGGCAGACAAAGAGCUGGUGCACAUGAUCAGCUGGGCCAAGAAGAUUCCAGGGUUUGUGGAGCUCAGCCUCUUAGACCAAGUGCACCUGCUGGAGUGCUGCUGGCUGGAGGUGCUGAUGAUCGGACUGAUGUGGAGGUCCCUGAACCACCCGGGGAAGCUCAUCUUCUCCCCCGACCUCAGUCUGAGCAGAGAAGAGGGGAGCUGCGUGCAGGGCUUUGUGGAGAUCUUUGACAUGCUGGUGGCGGCCACGACCCGGGUGAGGGAGCUGAACCUGCAGAGGGAGGAGUACGUCUGCCUCAAGGCCAUGAUCCUGCUCAACUCCAACAUGUGCCUCAGCUCCUCAGAUGGCAGCGAAGACCUGCAGAGUCGUUCUAAGCUGAUGCAUCUUCUGGACGCCGUCACGGAUGCGCUGAUGUCAGCAAUCCGCAAAACAGCUGUCAAUGUGCGACAGCAGUACACCCGCCUCGCACACCUGCUCAUGCUGCUCUCUCACAUUCGCCAUGUCAGUAACAAAGGCAUGGACCACCUCUAUUGCAUGAAGAUGAAGAACAUGGUGCCUUUGUACGACCUGCUGCUGGAAAUGUUGGAUGCUCACAUCAUGCGCAGCUCUCGCCUGCCUCGCCGGCCUCCCCCGCAGGAGUGCCCCAACCAGAGAGAGGUUCCAGUCAGGCCCCACCCCUCUGAAAGUGGCCCCUCAAAUGCCUGGACUGCUGGGACCACCGAUGCUGAACCCCAGUAGUCACAGAUCAGCAGAUCAGGGCUGGAGCUCCUGGUUAAGAUCCAUCUGAGAAGUGAAGUCUAGGAGUCUUAAUUAAAAGAAAAAAAAAAGUGUUUUCCAGAGCAACCUGUUGGCGAAAAUGCACAGUACCAAGGUGAGCUGUCCGUGGUGCUGAUCGGUGCAAUGUUCAGCGUGUAAAUGACUGACAGUCAUGUUGGACAUUUAAAAAAAAGUAUACAUGCAUACGCAUAAGCAGCAUAAACAGGAUGUGACACACUUCAAAAUGUUACAAAAUACAGUAUGUUCACGCAGCUUUAUGUGGGAUCUGCAAUCUUAGCUUUAAUGUUUUGUUUGUUUUAAACUGUGGUACUGCCUGAAAGUAAGUUUUCAUAAAUGUACAUAUGAGUUGUCGAUGUUGUUUGUUCUUGACUUCGGGAUUUAACUAAUGGACAGGUAAGGGGAGGAGACAGGUGAGCACAGCAGCUUCAGCCACCAAAUCUGCUGAUCACCAUGAACCUUUGACAUGACAUCAUGCCAUUGUCAAAGUUGUGGUUAAUGUCCUUCAUGUUGGGUUUCCUCAGGGGAAAACAUUGUGCACCCCACUAGAUCUUCUAUUUUUUUUUUUUGUGAAAAACAAUGCCUGCACAAAAUCUGGUGCUUUUACCAUAAAACACACAAAACAAUCAUGGUUGUAAAUGAUAUUAACAGUUUAGCCUCAGUGAUCUGUGCGGUUUUAUUUACUGUAUAAAAGUCAUCACCUGAGUUCAUCUGUGGCUGUAAAAUGUAGCUGAAUGAACCAAAACAUGAAAUAAAUCAUGUAAUUUUUGGUACAUCUUGUAUUCUGGAGCUUCAGAAAACACUUAAGAUUCUACAAUUGGUCAGGAGAAAAUCCUGAUUUGGAUACAUUUUAAACACAUACAAUCAUCUCAGUCUUAAGAUGCUUCUGGGAACCUCGUCCCCCGAUCACUUGCAAAUGCAGCGUAGCUUUAUUAAGGAGGAAGACAUCUUAUUGAAAGUGUAAAUUAUUAACACAAAUGUGUCCUCUGCAUUUAAUCUGUACAAAUUACAGUUAAUCAUAAUCCAGUUCCUGGUGGAAAGCCAUGCAGACACAGGGAGAACAUACAAUCUCUACAUGCAAAAGAAUUGUUCCUCAGACCUUCUUGCUGUAAUUUUAUAUAUAUAUAAUUGUUUGAAAACAAAACAAUCUGCCUUUUUCUUUCUAAAGAGAGUCUUUUUUUUAAAGAGAUAAAAUGCCCCCCUUCCCCCAAUUACAAUAAAAGCACACUUUUAGGACUACGACAAUCUUUUCUCGCUGUUUGUAAUUUUGAAGACUUUUUUGCAUCAGCAACAACGUUUUGUGCAGCAAAUCUACUAACAUUACACUUUUGUACCAUAUUUCUUGUCUGCUUGACAGUUGUUUGAUGCCUCUGCUGCAUUUAUUACCAUAAGCUUAAAGCUCAGCACUGUAAACUGGUUAAUAGGGCAGAUUGUUAGGCCUGAAGGGGUGCACAGUCAUUUGAUGGAUGUUUAAAAUCUCAUUUUCCAGAUGUACAUGACAUGUAAAGGUCUUGAUUCUGAAUACAAGAUGACCCCACUUUUUUCAGAUGCAUCUUUAAGAAAUACUCCAUUCUCCUGUGCUGUAAUAACAGUGAACUGCUAUCUAGUCCCAAAUAACUGAGGAACUUUGUACACCGGAGGAACCUCUGGUGCAGAAUGUGACUGUUGAUGAUAGAGAUGAUUAGUGGCUCUUUGGCGUUGGUGGACUAAUAUUGGACGGGUGCAGCCAUUUUCUCCGUCCUGCCAUUUUUAUACAAGCUGAUUUUUUUUUUUGCACAGCAGCUCUUCAGCAACGUGUGUUAAUCUUUUCAUUUGUCCAGAAUUGGCUAAAAUAAAUAUUAAAUGAGUACAAACCUUGAUUACUCCUCAUUUAGAUAUGUAGUAUCUGGUUUUAUUUUCCAUAUUCAACAUAAAAUUGAGUGAAACAAAUAUUGCAGGUUGACAGUGAGGGAAUAAGACAUGGAGGGUGAGCGAGGAAAAGAGGGAGCGAGUGAAGAGGGAGUGAACUCAAGCUGUAUUACGAUGACUAUAUACUUAGAUUAAUCUUAUAAAGACAAUGACAGAACUGGUGCAACUGGUGACACACGUGCCUUUUUGAACACAACCAUCAGAAGGCGCUAUAGAAACGACGAUGCGGUUGCUCCACAAUAAAUUCUUCAACAAAAGCUGUAAUCAUUUGAGUUUUUAUCAAAGUUCACUAAUUAGGAUCUUAGGUCAGUGAUCAGGAUCAAAGACCAUCUGAUUGUCCAUCCAUUGGUGUACUUUGUCACUAAGAUACAUACUGACCACAAAAAUGUAUUUUUGGACAGGGGUUGUUCACUAAAGUGAACUAAGGACUGAAUUUUGGUUCAGGGCUCAUAAAAGGGAAUAUUGUGUUUUGGGAGAAGUGUACACUCUACUGGGUUGCGGUGUCCCAGACUGAAUGGUCCCCACCUAAAAAUGAGUCCACACUACCUUCACUGCACAUGCGUCAUUUGGGAGCACAGCAGCUCGCCUGAGAUGGAGUCUCUACACCCAAAGCGAUCAAAGGAAAUGUGAUUAUUAACCAUCAGAUGACAAAGUAAAACCUCUUAAAUCAUUCUAAAGUCAGUUUUAAACAGAAACAAGGCGAUAAUAAAGUCGCUACUGAAGCUUUGAAAUGAUGGAGGUGCAGUGAACGCACCAGCAUCAGCUCGUCUGGCUGCUGCGCUCUGAUCGCUUCCUCAAGUCUUUUAUCAUGAAAUAAUGCUGAAUUUAUGUGAAAAUGUUUGUUGUACAAAAGCUUCAGAUAUCUGUCGCUGAGAUAGAUGAUGACUGGAGUGCAGUUUGAAGCAGAAACAAGGUGACAAUCAUUAUUUUUGGAAUUCAAAAAUCCUUAUGUUAAGUAACAGCCCAUGCUGUGCUGUGCAUAUGUGCCACACAGAGUUCCUGUCUGUUGUUAAAGUCACCUCCAUGGAAACUGUUAUAAAAAGAGCUCCAGGUCCAGAAAAAAACAUGUAACACAUACAAGUGUAACUUAAGUUUUUUUGUUUUUGUUUUUUCACAUUGCAUUUUACAACUUAUACAGGUGCGAGUUAUUCUCCAUAAAUAAGUCAGAUCAGAUUUGAGAUCGACAGUAACUCAGUAAAUACCAUUUAUAAAUAGAAAGUUAAUCAGUGUCAAAUCUUAGUGUCAUGUCACUCACUCGUCUUUAACCACUUAUCCAGGAUCGGGUUGUGGGGUAAUCAAAUCCAUUAUGCUCCAGCUUUAAGAGAUAAUUUAAAUCAUUGCUUUUUUGAUCCAUUCUUGUUUUUUAAGUCACUUUUGGAUAAUUCAUCAAAUCUGCAUUAGUGUUUUGUUUACCCAAGAAAUAAAAGAAACAUUUCCAUUAAUAUUGUAAGAUUCACUUGUCGUUUGUCACUUAAAAAAAAAAGUUACAUAUGGUUUUGACAAAAAUCACUGACACUUAACAGAAUGAAGAAACUCAAACUUGGUUAAGACAAUCAGUACUCACGAGCAGAAACUUACAGCUGUAAACCUCAAAAAUAACAUUAUAAAUAAGCGUUACAAUAUUGCACAUAAUCCUGGUAAAUCUACAGCAGUUACACUGCAGCAGUCUGCUGAAGGCCACGUGCACAACUGAGCGCAAUCAUACAAACUGAAGGGCAGCGACUGUGUGCAGGUGGAAUUUCACACACACAACUAUCAUUAAAAAAAGGAAAAACAAGCUUUUGUAAGAUUCAGUCGAGCAAAAAUAAAGUUGGACAAAAUGAAAUGUCUCAAUUUUUUUCAGGUAACAUACAACUGGGACUAGAGCAGUGCUGCUAUCUGGACAUGAACUAAUGCCUCAUCUCUUGUAUUACCUCACAGAGCUUCAAUAUUCUGACAUUUGUCUGUUUGUCAGUAGAGUAUCUCAAAAUGUGUGGAUCUGGAUCAAAGGUUAGAUCUCACCUUUCAUCUUUUGAUACUUAUCCUACUAUUGAUCUCUGACUCGGAUUCUUUUAAUCUUGUAAUCAGGAUCACAUAUUGCUUUGAUGAUCAAAGAUAAGGAUCAAAGGUUUGUUUCUGGAAUCAUAAGUCGGGAUCAAACAUCGGUGAUUACAGUCAAAUGUUAAGAUCACAUGUCUACCAAACACAAAUAUGGGAAAUCAACAUCAAAAUGACAUAUCGGGAUCAAGUUAAGUGGUUAUGCUUAAAAGUCAUACAUCAGGAUCAAAGGUCAGCAUCAAAGACCAGUGAUCAGCAACCAAGAUCAGGAUUACAGGUCAACAAUCAACAAAUAUGUGAGUGAUCAUGAUCAGAGUUCAGCAACAGGAAUCAAAGACCAGCAC